AUGGGCCAGACUACUUCCAAAAUUGACGAAAAGGAGGCUGUGGCGGGCAUGGGCCGCCUCAGUAUCGACAAAAAUGCAUAUGUUUUUGUUGACAAUGAUACCUUGCCUCCUCCAUACGAGGCGAGCGACAGGAUCAGCACCAUCUCUCUAGACCAGGCCAGACAAUGGGAAGAGAAGCUUUUGUCUUCAGCUAGAAACCGUCUCGCCAUUUCGGCGUUAUCACAAAACCCCGUCUCGGCCAUCCUAACCAACAACAACGCAGCCGUUACCGAUAGCCAGAUUUUCAAUAUCAAGAUUCCCUUCGAAGGAGCUCCAAUCACCAACCAACGGUCGUCCGGCCGAUGCUGGCUUUUUGCGUCUACUAAUGUCUUUCGUGUUGCUAUCAUGAAGAAGUACAACCUCAAAGAGUUCGAACUCAGUCAGUCUUAUCUCUUCUACUGGGACAAGAUCGAAAAAGCCAAUUGGUUCCUCGAACACGCCAUUCAGACAGCUGGAGAGGACCUUGAGGGUCGUUUGGUGCAGGCCCUUUUUGCAAGUCCAGUCGGCGAUGGUGGCCAAUGGGACUUUGUGGUUAACCUAGUUAAUAAGUACGGAUUAGUACCGCAGACACUUUAUCCUGACUCGUACAACGCCAAAAACAGCAGCAAGAUGGGUUCUCUCAUCACGACAAAGUUGCGUGAGCAAGCACUGAUCCUGCGGAAACUAGUUGCUACUGGCGCGACCGAUUUGAUUGCCGUGCAUAAAAACCACUUCCUACAGGAGAUCCACGGCAUUUUGACCAUCAUGUUAGGACCUCCUCCAAGUCCCGACGAAGAGUUUACUUGGGCAUUUUAUGACGCCGACAAUAAGUACACCAAAGUUGUGACGAAGCCUACACAAUUUGCAUCAACGCUGUCAGAUAGGCAGACUGUGCGAGCAUGCGGUGGUGCAGAUGUGAAUGAGCUCUUCAGUCUAGUCAACGAUCCUAGGAACGAAUACAACCGUCUAUUGACCGUAAACAGACUGGGUAAUGUGGUUGGCGGUGUUCCUGUUCGAUAUGUGAAUGUCGAAAUGGAGACAAUGAAGGCGGCAGCAAUAUCCAUGCUGAAAGCUGGAAUCCCUGUUUUCUUCGGCAGUGAUGUUGGCAAAUUCUCCGACUCUGCAUCCGGCAUUAUGGAUACGGACUUGUUCGACUUUAAUCUAGGCUUUAACAUCAAGCUGGGCCUGACGAAAGAACAACGUUUAAAGACCGGAGAAUCUGCAAUGACACAUGCCAUGGUCUUGACGGCUGUGCACGUGGAGAACGGCAAACCUGUACGGUGGAGAGUGCAAAACUCAUGGGGUGAGAGUGCAGGUGAUAAAGGAUGGUUCGUCAUGACGGACAAGUGGAUGGAUGAAUUCGUCUACCAAGCUGUCGUCGAUCCGCGCUUCGUCAGCAAGGAGACUCGUGAUGUGUUGAAGCAAGAUCCCAUUGUUCUUCCUCUAUGGGACCCAAUGGGUGCUUUGGCUUAA